AUGAGGGCCUUUGUUUCUCUCAUACUCGCCGUAGUAGUGGUUGCUACCGACCAUGGCCCUUCGCCACUCGAGUCGGCAGUAGGAUCCAAUCUGAAGCUCCCAGUGAUUGUGUGGGGGAACGGAGGUUGCAAGCCAUGUUGGGCAUCAGUCGGCAUGACCUUUCGAGGUUUCCUAGGCGAGAUAGCCUCACACGGUGCGCUCGUGAUCGCUACAGGACCUGCUUACGUUGACCCCGAAACCUACGUGCUGCCUCCGAGUGAUCCAUCAGUCGGUGCAUCCGGUCAGAAUCCAGCUGCUCUCACUACAGCUAUUGACUGGGCGCACUCCAACGCAGGAAAGGACGGUUGGCAACAUAUCGAUGCGUCCCGCAUUGGUGUCUGGGGCCAGAGUUGUGGAGGCCUCGAAGCUUACACCGCCGGUCUGAACGAUACUCGUGUGAGCCACAUUGGCAUUUUCAACAGCGGUCAGCUGACCGAGGGGGCAAGCAAGGAGGUGGCAGGCAACCUUACGAAGCCUGUCUUUUACACGCUGGGUGGACCGACGGAUAUUGCUUACCCAAAUGGCGAGCGGGACUAUUCAGCACUUCCCAACACCACUUCAGCUUGGAAGGGAAACCAUGAGCUAGGCCACAGCGCCGCAUUUGAUGCUCUCAACGGCGGAAUACCAGCUAUUGUGGGGAGUAAGAUGCUCCAGUGGAUUCUUCGUGGAGAUGAGUCUGCAAAGGCGUGGUUCACUGGUGACGGGCCCAGCUCUAUUGGCAUCAAAGAUGUCGUGUACAAGAACUUGGGCUCGAUCAAGGUUACUCCGAUUCAAUGGAUGGAUAUAUGUAGACAUUUGGCCGAGAAGGAUCGUAUGCAUGUUCUCGAGAAUGACACGGUGACCUACGCCGCAGCAUCUUCAAAAUAG